GUUCCGCCGGAAUUCGACACUGCCUUCCCUCCGCUACUGCAGCCUGGUCGCGAGGAGCUGUACCAAUUCACUUAUUAUUAGCGAUAUCAGAAAUUAUAAACAAUUUGCCAUUUUAAACGCAGGGAAAAGUCAGUCGUUGGAUACCACCACCCUCUGCAAAAUGCAGGCCAUUAAAUGCGUCGUGGUGGGCGAUGGAGCGGUGGGAAAGACAUGUCUUCUCAUCAGCUAUACCACCAAUGCCUUCCCUGGAGAAUACAUCCCCACAGUGUUUGACAACUACUCUGCCAAUGUGAUGGUAGAUGGGAAACCAGUGAAUCUGGGACUGUGGGAUACUGCAGGACAGGAGGACUACGACAGGCUAAGACCACUGUCCUAUCCACAGACGGACGUGUUCUUGACAUGUUUCUCUCUGGUGAGCCCUGCCUCCUUUGAGAACGUCAGAGCUAAGUGGUACCCGGAAGUGCGUCACCACUGCCCCAACACCCCCAUCAUCCUGGUGGGAACGAAGCUGGACCUGAGGGACGACAAGGACACUAUUGAGAGGCUGAGGGACAAGAAGUUGUCCCCAAUCACCUACCCUCAGGGCCUGGCCAUGGCACGGGAGAUAGGUGCGGUGAAGUACCUGGAGUGCUCAGCCCUGACCCAGAGGGGGCUGAAGACCGUUUUUGACGAGGCCAUCCGGGCCGUCCUGUGCCCGCCACCAAUCAAAAAGCGGCGCAAGAAGUGCACCCUCUUCUGAGAGAGUUGGGGCGAGGAGGGGGGGGGUCUGCAAGAAAUAAAAACUGAAUCUACUGUUUUACAGAAAGUGUUGCUAAUCUAUCGCUGUCAGUGUCUCAAAUACUACCCUAGUCCCCCUUUAACACUAUGUAGGGAAUAGGGUUGUUGUUUGUAAGGGAGUAGUAGUGCACUAUGUAGGGAAUGGGGUUGUUGUUUGUAAGGGAGUAGUAGUGCACUAUGUAGGGAAUAGGGUUGUUGUUUGUAAGGGAGUAGUAGUGCACUAUGUAGGGAAUAGGGUUGUUGUUUGUAAGGGAGUAGUAGUGCACUAUGUAGGGAAUAGGGUUGUUGUUUGUAAGGGAGUAGUAGUGCACUAUGUAGGGAAUAGGGUUGUUGUUUGUAAGGGAGUAGUAGUGCACUAUGUAGGGAAUAGGGUUGUUGUUUGUAAGGGAGUAGUAGUGCACUAUGUAGGGAAUAGGCAACUCUUCACAGAUAUAGGUUGUUGACACAGGAGUGGGUAGAACUUGAAAGGGUGUGUCCCGAAUUGCACCUGAUUCCUUAAAUAGUGCACUAUUGACAAGGACCCACAUAGGGAAUAGGGUGCCAAUUGGGAGACAGACUAAGGCACAAUUAAUUGAACUCCUCUUUAGGACCUUUGCAUCCAUUCUGUGUGACCUAUGCCUUAAAUCAAUUGGGUAAAUUGAACGGGUCAAUGUCUCAGAGAGAGAGGUCAUUCUGGGUAAAUGGAACAGGUCAGUGUCUUAGAGAGAGAGGCCAUUCUGGGUAAAUGGAAUGGGUCAGUGUCUCAGAGAGAGGUCAUUCUGGGUAAAUGGAACAGGUCAGUGUCUUAGAGAGAGAGGUCAUUCUGGGUAAAUGGAAUGGGUCAGUGUCUCAGAGAGAGAGGUCAUUCUGGGUAAAUGGAACAGGUCAGUGUCUCAGAGAGAGGUCAUUCUGGGUAAAUGGAACGGGUCAGUGUCUCAGAGAGAGAGGUCAUUCUGGGUAAAUGGAACAGGUCAGUGUCUUAGAGAGAGAGGCCAUUCUGGGUAAAUGGAACAGGUCAGUGUCUCAGAGAGAGGUCAUUCUGGGUAAAUGGAACGGGUCAGUGUCUCAGAGAGAGAGGCCAUUCUGGGUAAAUGGAACGGGUCAGUGUCUCAGAGAGAGAGGCCAUUCUGGGUAAAUGGAACGGGUCAGUGUCUCAGAGAGAGAGGCCAUUCUGGGUAAAUGGAACGGGUCAGUGUCUCAGAGAGAGAGGCCAUUCUGGGUAAAUGGAACGGGUCAGUGUCUCAGAGAGAGGCCAUUCUGGGUAAAUGGAACGGGUCAGUGUCUCAGAGAGAGAGGCCAUUCUGGGUAAAUUGAACAGGUCAGUGUCUCAGAGAGAGAGGCCAUUCUGGGUAAAUUGAACAGGUCAGUGUCUCAGAGAGAGAGGCCAUUCUGGGUAAAUUGAACAGGUCAGUGUCUCAGAGAGAGAGGCCAUUCUGGGUAAAUUUUUACAUUUACAUUUAAGUAAAUGGAACGGGUCAGUGUCUCAGAGAGAGAGGCCAUUCUGGGUAAAUUGAACAGGUCAGUGUCUCAGAGAGAGAGGCCAUUCUGGGUAAAUUGAACAGGUCAGUGUCUCAAGAGAGAGGCCAUUCUGGGUAAAUUGAACAGGUCAGUGUCUCAGAGAGAGAGGUCAUUCUGGGUAAAUGGAAUGGGUCAGUGUCUCAGAGAGAGAGGCCAUUCUGGGUAAAUGGAACGGGUCAGUGUCUCAGAGAGAGAGGCCAUUCUGGGUAAAUGGAACGGGUCAGUGUCUCAGAGAGAGAGGCCAUUCUGGGUAAAUUGAACAGGUCAGUGUCUCAGAGAGAGAGGCCAUUCUGGGUAAAUGGAAUAGGUCAGUGUCUCAGAGAGAGGUCAUUCUGGGUAAAUUGAACAGGUCAGUGUCUCAGAGAGAGAGGCCAUUCUGGGUAAAUUGAACAGGUCAGUGUCUCAGAGAGAGAGGCCAUUCUGGGUAAAUUGAACAGGUCAGUGUCUCAGAGAGAGAGGUCAUUCUGGGUAAAUGGAACAGGUCAGUGUCUCAAGAGAGAGGCCAUUCUGGGUAAAUUGAACAGGUCAGUGUCUCAGAGAGAGAGGCCAUUCUAGAGAUGGAGUUGGAGGAACAACCACAAUGGGUUGUAAAUCUGAUUCUGUCCUGAUUAACUCAACUUCUUUCCUUUAUAAGACAAAAUACAGAACUCACACAGACACACACAGGUGUUUAUGUCUAUAACCCUGCAGUACUGUAGGACCAGGUGAUUGGUUUAUGUCUAUAACCAGUACAGUACUGUAGGACCAGGUGAUUGGUUUAUGUCUAUAACCAGUACAGUACUGUAGUACCAGGUGAUUGGUUUAUGUCUAUAACCAGUACAGUACUGUAGGACAGGUGAUUGGUUUAUGUCUAUAACCAGUACAGUACUGUAGGACCAGGUGAUUGGUUUAUGUCUAUAACCAGUACAGUACUGUAGGACCAGGUGAUUGGUUUAUGUCUAUAACCAGUACAGUACUGUAGGACCAGGUGAUUGGUUUAUGUCUAUAACCAGUACAGUACUGUAGGACCAGGUGAUUGGUUUAUGUCUAUAACCAGUACAGUACUGUAGGACCAGGUGAUUGGUUUAUGUCUGUAACCAGUACAGUACUGUAGGACCAGGUGAUUGGUUUAUGUCUGUAACCAGUACAGUACUGUAGUACCAGGUGAUUGGUUUAUGUCUAUAACCAGUACAGUACUGUAGGACCAGGUGAUUGGUUUAUGUCUAUAACCAGUACAGUACUGUAGGACCAGGUGAUUGGUUUAUGUCUAUAACCAGUACAGUACUGUAGGACCAGGUGAUUGGUUUAUGUCUGUAACCAGUACAGUACUGUAGUACCAGGUGAUUGGUUUAUGUCUAUAACCAGUACAGUACUGUAGUACCAGGUGAUUGGUUUAUGUCUAUAACCAGUACAGUACUGUAGUACCAGGUGAUUGGUUUAUGUCUGUAACUCUGCAGUACAGUACUGUAGGACCAGGCGAUUUUACUGGCCAGUUCAGGUCACAUGGUCAGGAACAACUCUUACCUAUAACAACUGGCCUCUGUGGCCAAUGUGGCAGAAGAUGAAUCCUCAAGAAAUGGGCCCAAAACAAAGGUGAUUUGUUUCCUUAAAACGUGUUAUUUUGAUUGAUUUGUAUUUAUUUAUCGUUUUAGUUUUUUCAUGUCCUGCCAGUGAAAACCAAAACGUAGUCAUUGAUAAAAGCUCUCUGACAUCUUGAAAUCAUAUCAAACUUGAAUUUGUCACAUGCGUCGAAUACAACAUGUAGACCUUACCGUGAAACGCUUACUGACAAGCCUUUAACCAACAGUGCAGUUCAGGAAAAUAUUUACCAACGUCCCUCUGUUAACGUUAAUGUGUCUACGGACAGGAACUCUCCUACAGUCGGGACCAGGGCCCGUAUUCACAAAGCCUCUCGGAGUAGGUGUGCUGAUCUACGAUCAGUUCUCCCUUGGCCCAUAUAAUCUUAUUCAUUAUAAUGUAAAAGACUAAACUGAUUCAAGAUCAGUACUCUUUAUCUCUGAGACUCUUUGAGACAUACAGGUCCCAGGAAGGUAUCUUCCAGCCGGGAUGCCAGUUGGUACAGAACAACGAGACCUUGUUAUUUUCUUUGUUCCCUGCCUGCUUGGCAGUUAUUCAGCGUCAGUUUAUCCGCUCCAUUUGAAACCCACUAAAGGGAAAUAGGUUGUCAAUGUGCCAUAGUGAACACUGUUUUGUGGAACUAGCAUUCCAAAUCGUGAUGAGCUCUCUCUCUCUCGCUGCAGAACCCAGACUACUUAAGUAUGGCUGUGUCUCCAAUGGCGACCCUAUUACCUAUAUAUGUCUCUAUGUGCCCUGGUCCAAAGUAGUGCACUAUAUAGGAUAUAGGUUGCCAUUUGGGAUACACUCUAUCUCCUGUAAAGGCUCCCAAGAGGACAUGCGCUCUUAAUAUGUUUUUAGGCUGUAUAUUUACUCUCUCUCUCUGUGUGUGUGUGUGUGUGUGUGUGUGUGUGUGUGUGUGUGUGUGUGUGUGUGUGUGUGUGUGUGUGUGUGUGUGUGUGUGUGUGUGUGUGUGUGUGUGUGUGUGUGUGUGUGAGAGAGAGAGUGUGUAUCUUUUUUAAUUAUCCCCCAUCAUGCUUCUGUGAUUGUCUGAACUUUGAUUAAGGAACAACUCUUAACAACAAAGAUCAAGCAUUUAAACACAAAAGGAACUGUCUGUUUUUAAUACCUGCUAUAAUGUUUGCCAAAAUUAACAUCUUCAUUAAACAUGUGUAUAAAGUGAUUUUAAAAAGGUAUUAAUAAAUAAACAUAUUUGAAAGUA